AGGGUUUACAAAUCCCCACAUUCCCCUGUCUGAAUGGCCUGGAUGAGCCCGGGUCCAAGGGCCCUGAAGGUCUAGCAGCCACUGGGGCUGGGACCAGCCCCUUGGAGGGAAGCAGCAAGCUCCAGGGCAGGGUUCUGGAAAGUCAGGUUUAUUAGCUCCUUAAUGAGUGUUUACAAGCUGAAAACUGUUUGCCUGGCAUGCUCCCUCCCAGCCGUGGGGCCGGCCUGGGCCUCCAAAAGUGAGGGGGACCCAGGACAGCCCAGGGCCUGACUUCCGGCUGAGUGGUCGUGGGCAAGGUGCUUACCUCUCCAUAAACUAUGGCAAGCCUUUGUCCCUCUGCUGAAUGUCCACCCAAGUGAGCCCUGGCUAAUGGUGACAAAGCCACCUAGAUUUCAGACUCCCGGGAGGCUAUGCAUAAACAGACUGGGGUCAGAGAUGUGAAGUGGCUUGCCUGAAGCACACAGCAUUUAGGGCUGGGCACCAGUCUCCCCCAGUUGGACAGUGUUUUUUUCUUUUGAGAGAGAGCAUACGAGAGAGAAAGGGGGGAAGGGGCAGAGGGAGAGACAGAGUCCCAAGUAGGCUCUGAGCUGGGGCUUGAACCUAUGAAUCGUGACAUCACAACCUAUGCCAAGGUCAAGAGUCACUUAACCGACGGAGCCUCCCAGGUGCCCCAGUUGGACUGUCUUUUCACCGUCUGGAGCCAGGCCACAAAGAGGUGGGUGGAAAGUAGGUGGACCCCACCCUUGCAAACUCAAGACAGAGCCCUGCUCUGGGUGCUGAGUGUGGUCUUGUCUGGAAACAGUAUGGUCACCCCUCGGUGUCAGGGAGCUUCCAGCAGGGGUGAAGUAGGCCUGCCCCGCUCCCCAACCGAUGUUGGACCCCAUCCUUCCCCCAACCACUGAGCAUGGGCUGGGCCUCAGCCAGUGAAAACCCAACUGCCAGGGGCACCCGGCUGGGUUGGUUCAAGGGUUGGCUCUUGAUCUCAAGGUUGUGAGUUCCAGCCCCACGUUGGAUGCAGAGAUUAUGAAAUUAUAAUAAUUAUAAACUUGAAAACACAACAAAAACCAAUUCCCAGCACGGCAGGAUCCUAAGAGAGACAGAUCCUCUUGCCUGUUUGGAGCAAAGCCCAAGUCCGCACCAAGCUCGGGUCAACAUGGCGUCCAGUGGUGUGUCCUCCCUUUCUAGGAGCCUCUUCUGCCCCGGUAUCUGGCCCAGAAAGAGUCAGGGCCUCUGGCCCCCCGAUGCCACUUCCUUUUUUUUUUUUUUUUUUUUUUUUAAUUUUUUUUUUUUUGGGGACACCUGAGUGGCUCAGUCUGUUAAACGUCCAACUUUGGCUCAGGUUCUCACAGUUUGUGGGUUCGAUCCCCACGUCGGGCUCUGUGCUGACAACUCAGAGCCUGAGCCUGGUUUGAAUUCUGUGUCUCCCUCUCUCUCAAAAAUGAACAUUACAAAACAAUUUUUUUUAGACAGACAAAGUUUAUGUUUGAGAGAGAGAGCGAGAGCAAGCGGGACAGGGGCAGAGAGAGAGGGACAGAGGACCUGACGUGGGCUCCACGUGUGCCGACCUCAGCUUCAAUACAGUGAGCCCGAUGCGGGGCUCAAACUGCACGACCUGAGCUCAACCGACACUCAGCCAACUGAGCCACCCAGCUGCCUAGCCCCCCUGCCUCCUCCCUUCUUCACUGUGAUGCUCAGGGAGUAACAGAACUGGGACAGAACGUGUCACCUUCCCAGAGGAGGCUGGGCCGUUGGGCAGAGCACCCCAGGACGGGCCCCUGUGUUCCCUUUCUUCUAUGGUCCCCAAGCUGCACUUGGCCCCUAGGCUCUGCGAGCUGCUGCUUUCCUGGGGUGUGGAAGGGCACGUGCAUCCCUGCUCAGCUGCUGUCCCCUCGUGUGCUUCUACGAGCAGCUUCUGGAGUCCAGAAAGUCCCAGAGGGCACCUGGGAGGGCAGGGCCCAGCACUGUGUCCAGCUGGGGACACGUGGCGGCAUUGAGUGCCGCCUGCCUGCCCCUGCAUGUUGCCAGCGGCUGCUGCAUCCAGCUCAGCCAGUUUCCUGGGCCCAGGGCCCCCACAGAGGACGGGGCCUUCACAUCUCCGCCCGCCCUGCUGGCGCAAGGUCCUGAGAAAGCUGAUGCGUACUACAAAGGGGCAUCGGGGUCUGCGGCGCUCUAAGAACUUGGCCUCCCCACCCCGGACUCCCACAGGCUCACAGCCUCAGCCUGGAGCCCGGGGCCCGCUUCCUGGGUCUGUGGUCGGCCCUGCUACCUAAGCCACUCUAACUGGGUCAAGGGGAAUCCAGAACCUGGGGUCUGGUGGGGACAGUGGGGACAAGCCAGCAGGUCCUCGAGCCCCUGACUGUGCCCCCUCCUCUCCAUUCUUUACCUUCUGAACUGAGUGUGAGCAAAGCCCUUAAAGGUGUCGGGGUGAAGACAUGGGGGCUCUCUGGGCCGGGGUCCUCUGUGGGUGCGGCCUCUCCCUGUGCAGGGCAGGGUGAGGCUGGGCUGAGCACAGGUGCCAGUAUAGUGGGGAAGUGGGUGCUGGCCGGAAGGGACGGAGAGGCCCGCGGACACUUCCUGCUGGCUUCUCUAACUCUGACCGGGGAGUGACUUGGAGUUCAAAGCCUCCAAGGGGGACGUGGUGGUCCCUUCCCUUCCCGUCUCCCCGCGUCCUUUGCCUUCCUGAGUCCUGAUCCCCGGCCCUCAGAGUCGCCUCUGCACUUUCCCGGCCUUUGCUCCCGGCCCCACUCAGCAGGGCAGGGAGGUGCGCGGGUGAGUCACUGGCCAUCAGGAAGCCCGUAGGGAGACGGGUUAGACAAACGACCGCCUUUACAUAAGCGCCUGGGCCUCGAGCUAGAGCAACUUCCCGAGGUCAGCAGAAGCCAGGGUUUGCCUGGGGGUUGCACAGUGGGUGAGGGCCAGCUUCCUCUUCGCAGCUUUCUAAAAACGACCUGGUUCCCAGAAGGGCUGUGGCGGAGGGACAGGCCGGUUUCAGUUUCUAUGACAGGGAAACAGGGGAGAGAGGCCACUUCCUUGCCCCUGGCCGUCAUCCUGUCAUCCUGUGAUUCAUCAGGGGACAGACAGGUUCCCCGCAGCCCCGAGCCGCCUCCCUUCCCUCUGGACCUCCCGUGGCCCACUCACCCACGGCCAAGUGGCGGUUUCUUUAUUUCCUCGGAUCAGGGGACCUGCGCCGCGCCCCCCCCCCCGCCGGAGGAGGUCCCCUGAACUUCCUGAUCCGAUCUGGUGGCUCGUAGUGGUCUCCCUCUGUCCUCUACUGGAGGGCAUGCUCGCCCCUUGCCCGAACCCCUCCCUCCCUCCCUCCCCUUGGUCCCCAAUUCUGGCCACACGCAGGCUACACGCUGAUGUCAGCUGCUGCGGCUCACUCCCUGUCCUGGGUCGUGAAGUCCUCAGAGGCUGGGGAUUCCGGAGACCCCGUCAAGACCAGGGGAACAUUCAGACACCUGCUAGGGUGCAUCGGUGACAGGCAGGUGGGGAGGGGAUUGGGGGCCCCUCCAGCGCCCCGUCUGGACGUGCGCUGGUAGAUCGGGGGCAGGGGACCUCUCCGGCCGAGGCCCGGUUGCGACUGUCGGGAUAGGGCUUGGCUGGUAAUGUCCAGCCCCACCCUUUGUGAGGAAACCGGGUUUUCUGUGGGCAUCACUGAGUGGUUUCUGAGUCUCCGUUUCUGUCAUGUGCGCCUGGCUGCCGGCAGCUGGGUCACACCACGGGUCGUGGGCGUGGUGCAGGGGUGACAGUGUCAGCCCCUGGGUCCCUCUGGGUCAUUUGAACUGUGCACUUCACUUUUUCUUUGGAUCUGCCCCACCCCACCCCACGACGGACGGGCUCCACCCUCAGUCCCCUCUCCCUACCCAAGCCCCUUCGAAGUCUUCCAACUACCCUGGGCAGGGGCUGAAGGUCCUUCUCGGGGAGGGCCCCAGCGAGGCCAGGAUCCAGCUUGGGCAGGUGGCAUUGGCCUCGCUGGGUGGGACAGGCUCUCAGACUCUCCACGCUCCCCCCACCCCGACCCGGAGGCUGGCCGCUGCACCAACCCAGGGGGUCUCGGAGAAGCGGAUGUGACUGUGGGCCAGGAGGAAGCCCGGUCCCAGGAUGUCACAAUUUCCUCUGCAGUGAGCAAGCAUUUCUGGGGCGUGGGAGACAUGUGUGGGGCGGGGUGCUCCCAAAACUCCAGCACUUUCUGUCUGGGCUCCUCCAUGACCCCACCACACUACCGGCCCUACCCUCUGCCCCCUGCCGCUCUCGGGAAGGAACUGGGAUUCUGGUGCUUCUGCACAAGUGUGGGGUCAGUCUCAGGAGCAGGCUCACCCCUCCAUGGUGGAGAGGGGCUGUGGGAAAGUGGUGUUUUGUACUAAAUGUGUGGGCCUCGUGGGCAUCGAUGCUGGGCCAUCACCUCGUCCAAGUCCCUGGCUUAGCAGUGAAGGAAAGGGGGGAGGGUGACGUUUCUUUACAGGCCAGGACGUGGCCUUGGCCACGAAGAUGGUGAAAACAGUCUUGGGUACCAUGCUGCGCCCCAGGAAGGCACGCGCGCAGCCCUGCGUCUGUUCUCCAGGGCCAGGCCGCUUCUCCCCGUGACCCCCAGAAGUGCCCUGGGGCCGGUCCAGUCUCCCCAGUCCUACCGCCUAAGGUUGUGUCUGCCCUCAUUUCUGUCAAGACAGUGGCACAGAUGGUCUGCAACACAGCGGGUCCUAGGCUGGGGAGUCUGGGCUGUGCUGGGGAGGGGGGAACGGGGGACCCAGUGGGGGCUCAUCCUGGGACAGCAUCUGGUCACAGAGCCACAGCAGGGCAGUGGGCACUUUGUGGAGCUUUCCAGAGUGGGCUGGGUGCAGGAUGGGGGGAGGUAGUUUUGGUCCAGGGUCCAUGUGGACUGACAGUCUGCAGCCAUGCAUACGUUCCCCCCCCCCCACCUGCCUCCCAUCCCAUCAGCCCUUAGCAGGGGCCUGAUUAUUCCAGACCUGCCUCUGCCCAGACCUGCCUCUGCCCAGGGCCCAGGCCUACGCACAGGCAGAUCUCUGCAGAAUGCCAGGAGAGGCAAGUGAGAAAGUGGUUGGUUCUGUCUGGUGACAGGGCAGACUUCCUGGAGGAGGUGACAUUUCACCUGGCGUCACCCAGGCGGACAAGGUGGAGCCUAGUGCGGCCAGGGGAGGUGCAGGGCCUCAGACAAGAAAGUGAGGGUUUGGGAAUCUGCAGGGACACUGGUGUAUCAGGUGGGGGUCGGGGCAGGUUCUGAAGGGCCCUGGGUAUCUACUCCAGGCAAGUGUGACCAGCCCUGAGUUCCAGAAGGAUCCUACCUGCUUGAUGAGCUCACCCAAGCUUGGACUCGGCAGCCCUAUUCUCCCAGCCUUCCUCCACAGCCUGCCUCCCUCCCUCCUUGGUGCCAGUUUCCCAGGACAGUGCCUGCCUGGUGCCCUCUCACUGCACCCUGGUCCCAAAGGAGACUAAAUUGGAGAACUUUCCGUGCAGGGGCCCCAGAGACUGCGCGCGCCUAAGGAGCUGCCCUGCUCGGCCUGGAACCGGCUGCCUUUGCGUCUGUGCACCUGCCCACACAGCUGAAACUUGACCCCAGAGCAUCUGCAGAGAGUGAGGGAAGGACUAGAACAUACUAGAUCAUGCUCUAAAGACCCCUGCGACAAGACCCAGGAAGCUGUGAGCUCAGCCCAGAUCCGAAGCCACGCUGCCCCCCUGCCCGCCAUGGCCUCCGCUGACAAGAAUGGCGAGAGCGUCUCCUCCGUGUCCAGCAGCCGCCUGCAGAGCCGGAAGCCGCCCAAUCUGUCCAUCACCAUCCCUCCACCCGAGACCGCGGCCCCUGGCGAGCAGGCCAGCAUGCUGCCCCAGAGGCCCAGGAACCCAGCCUACGUGAAGAGUGUCAGCCUCCAGGAGCCACGGGGACGAUGGCAGGAGGGCAGCUCAGAGAAGCGCCCAGGCUUCCGCCGCCAGGCCUCCCUGUCCCAGAGCAUUCGAAAGGGCACGGCCCAGUGGUUCGGGGUCAGCGGCGACUGGGAGGUGAAGCGGCAGCAUUGGCAACGCAGGAGCCUGCACCACUGCAGCGUCCGCUACGGCCGCCUCAAGGCCUCGUGCCAGCGGGACCUGGAGCUCCCCAGCCAGGAGGUGCCAUCCUUCCAGGGCACCGAGUCUCCAAAACCCUGCAAGAUGCCCAAGAUUGUGGAUCCACUGGCCCGAGGACGGGCGUUCCGCCACCCGGACGAGGUGGACAGGCCCCAUGCCCCACACCCGCCCCUGACCCCUGGGGUCCUGUCCCUCACAUCCUUCACCAGCGUCCGCUCUGGCUACUCCCACCUGCCCCGCCGCAAGAGGAUGUCUGUGGCCCACAUGAGCUUUCAGGCUGCCGCCGCCCUCCUCAAGGGGCGCUCCGUGCUGGAUGCCACGGGACAGCGGUGCCGGGUGAUCAAACGCAGCUUUGCCUACCCCAGCUUCCUGGAGGAGGACGUGGUCGAUGGGGCAGACACAUUUGACUCCUCAUUUUUUAGUAAGGAAGAAAUGAGCUCCAUGCCCGACGAUGUGUUUGAGUCUCCCCCGCUCUCUGCCAGCUACUUCCGGGGGAUCCCACGCUCGGCCUCCCCGGUCUCCCCCGAUGGGGUGCAGGUCCCUCUGAAGGACUCGGGCCGAGCCCCGGCGCCCGGGGCCAGGCGCAGCAGGCGCAUCGCCUCCAAGGUGAAGCACUUUGCCUUUGACCGCAAGAGGCGGCACUACGGCCUGGGCGUGGUGGGCAACUGGCUGAACCGCAGCUACCGCCGCAGCAUCAGCAGCACCGUGCAGCGCCAGCUGGAGAGCUUCGACAGCCACCGGCCCUACUUCACCUACUGGCUGACCUUCGUCCACAUCAUCAUCACGCUGCUGGUGAUCUGCACGUAUGGCAUUGCACCCGUGGGCUUUGCCCAGCACGUCACCACCCAGCUGGUGCUCAGGAACAAAGGUGUGUAUGAGAGCGUGAAGUACAUCCAGCAGGAGAACUUCUGGAUCGGCCCCAGCUCGAUCGAUUUGAUCCACCUGGGAGCCAAGUUCUCGCCCUGCAUCCGGAAGGACCAGCAGAUCGACCAGCUGGUGCUUCGGGAGCGAGACCUUGAGCGGGACUCGGGCUGCUGUGUCCAGAACGACCACUCGGGCUGCAUCCAGACCCAGCGGAAAGACUGCUCGGAGACUUUGGCCACUUUUGUCAAGUGGCAGGAUGACACGGGCCCCCCCAUGGACAAGUCUGAUCUGGGCCAGAGGCGGACAUCGGGGGCAGUGUGCCAUCAGGACCCCAGAACCUGUGAGGAGCCAGCCUCUAGCGGCGCCCACAUCUGGCCCGACGACAUCACCAAGUGGCCAAUCUGCACGGAGCAGGCCAAGAGUAACCGCACGGGCUUCCUGCACAUGGACUGCCAGAUCAAGGGCCGCCCGUGCUGCAUCGGCACCAAGGGCAGCUGUGAGAUCACCACCCGGGAAUACUGUGAAUUCAUGCACGGCUAUUUCCACGAAGAGGCAACACUCUGCUCCCAGGUGCACUGCUUGGACAAGGUGUGUGGGCUGCUGCCCUUCCUCAACCCCGAGGUCCCAGAUCAGUUCUACAGGCUCUGGCUGUCUCUGUUCCUCCACGCUGGCGUGGUGCACUGCUUCGUGUCUGUGGUCUUCCAAAUGACCAUCCUGCGGGACCUGGAGAAGCUGGCCGGCUGGCACCGCAUCGCCAUCAUCUUUAUCCUCAGCGGCAUCACCGGCAACCUCGCCAGCGCCCUCUUCCUCCCCUACCGGGCGGAGGUGGGCCCGGCCGGGUCGCAGUUCGGCCUCCUCGCCUGCCUCUUCGUGGAGCUCUUUCAGAGCUGGCAGCUGCUGGAGCGGCCCUGGAAGGCCUUCCUCAACCUGUCGGCCAUCGUACUCUUCCUGUUCGUCUGCGGCCUCCUGCCCUGGAUCGACAACAUCGCCCACAUCUUCGGCUUCCUCAGCGGCCUGCUGCUGGCCUUCGCCUUCCUGCCCUACAUCACCUUCGGCACCAGCGACAAGUACCGCAAGAGGGCCCUCAUCCUGGUCUCGCUGCUGGUCUUCGCCGGCCUCUUCGCCUCUCUGGUCAUCUGGCUCUACGUCCACCCCGUGCACUGGCCCUGGAUCGAGUACCUCACCUGCUUCCCCUUCACCAGCCGCUUCUGCGAGAAGUACGAGCUGGACCAGGUGCUGCACUGACCCCCUGCCCCCCCCCGGACGGGGCAUCGCUGCUGCUCACGGGGCGCUGAGGGCCCGGGGCCCGGGGCCCGGGCCGGGCUGCAGAGCGCCCCCUCCCCCGCGCUCCGGAGACCCACUGCCAGGGGCCCGGGCCCUCCCUCCACCAGGCGAGACGGUCACAAAGGCGGGUUCCCCCGGGGCAGCGAGGCGCCCCCUUCCUCAGGCUGGGGGACACUCCGCGCACGGGCUUCUCUGCAGCUCAGGGGCUCCGGGCCAUGCCCGCCCGUCGCUCCCCUGCUGGCGGGACCACUGCCUAGGGGUGGGCUUCUUUCUUUCCCAAGGUCCUCAGGCUUCGCCCGUCACCCCCCUCAGCCUCUGCUGGUGCCCCCCCGGCCACACACACACACACACACACACCACAUUGCUGUGAGCGUGCCCUUACUGGGACGUGGCCAGGGUUCCCACGCCUGCCUCAACAUGCCAGCCCUCCUUCCUGUUUCUCCUCCCCUCUCUGCCCUAAGAGCCCAGGCCCCUCGUUCAUCGGUAGCCUGGUGAGCCUGCCCUUAACGCUCCUGGAGCAGACUUGUGGGAAGGGCUUUGCCACGGUCUGGGGCCGAAAAGAGCAACGAGGCACAGCUGGGCUGGGAAGCUGAGCGCUUGUUCCGAGCAGACAGAGGCUGUCCCCUCUGUGUCCCUCUUGGCCCUCCCUCGGAGUCAGUGUUCUGCCUCAUGGGGCUGGCUUUGAGAAGGCCGGCCCUACUCCACUCUGCCUCACUCCUGUCCGAGUUGGGGCGGGGACUGGGCUACUCACUCCUGCCCGAGUUGGGGUGGGUUCCCCAGGGGUUGCCCAAGGCUCGGUCAGACCCAUUUUUUACUGGUUUAUAUUAAGGUUCUAAUUUUUAAAAGUAACGCUAACUUUAUAUGGAUGAUGUCUCAAAUGUAUUAAAUGAUACUCUUUAGAAGUAA